AUGGAAGGAGAAAAAGGUACAGUAUGCGUCACAGGGGGAACUGGCUACUUAGCCUCGUGGUUGAUCAUGAAGCUCCUGGAGCAAGGCUACUCUGUUCACACCACCAUGAGACCUGACCCAGAACACAAGAGGGACGUUAGCUUCCUAACAAGUCUACCAGGAGCUUCAGAGAGACUACAAAUCUUCCAUGCAGAUUUCAGUGACCCCAACGGCUUUGGUGUGGCUAUUAAAGGAUGCAUUGGUGUCUUUCUUGUAGCUACCCCUGUACCUCUAGAUUUUGGAAAAGGAGAAUCUGAGGAAGUAGUUAUCCAACGAGCAACCGAUGGAACAUUAGGAAUCUUGAAGGCUUGCUUGAACUCAAAAACAGUGAAACGAGUUGUGUACACUUCUAGUGCGUCAGCAGUAGUUUUUAAUGACAGUGGUGUGGACGUAAUGGAUGAAAGUUUUUGGAGUGAUGCUGAUUGCAUCAAAGCCUUAAACGUAUCCAUAGGUCAUUACUUUAUUUCCAAAACAUUAACUGAGAAAAGAGCUAUCCAAUUCGCAGAAGAACAUGGAUUGGACCUUGUAACAUUAAUCCCAACCUAUAUUCUUGGCCCCUUCAUUUGUCCGAACAUGCCUGGUUCAGUUCACACAUCAUUGGCUAUGGUGCUGGGUGAUAAGGAACAGUACAAUUUACUUAUCAAUACAUCUAUGGUACACAUUGAUGAUGUGGCUAGGUCACAUAUUUUCCUCCUUGAAUAUCCUGAAGCAAAAGGGAGGUAUAUUUGUUCUUCAGACAUAAUAACAAUUGAAGAGAUGUCUAAAUUUCUUUCUACCAAGUACCCUGAGUACCCGAUUCCAACAUUAGAAUCUUUAAAGGAUGUUGAAGGCUAUAAAUUCCCUGGUGUGUCCUCCAAGAAACUUCUGGAUUCUGGUUUCAAUUUUAGGUAUGGGCUUGACGAAAUGUUUGAUGGAGCAAUUCAAUGCUGCAAAGAAAAGGCUUUUCUCUAG